AUGAAGGCGAGUAUAACCUCCAGUUGCCAGCCUGAAGAGGUGUGGUAUCUCCGCCAGGUGACCAUAGCCAUCCUGUCGAUAGCCUUCGUCAUCGGCUUAGUGGGCAAUGGGCUGGUCCUCUGGAUGACCAUCUUCCGAAUGCCCCGCACCGUCACCACCACCUGGUUCCUCAACCUGGCUCUUGCUGACUUCACCGUCUUACUCUCCUUGCCCAUCACCAUACAUAUGCUAACCGUUGGACAGUGGCUCUUGGGCGAAUGGGUUUGCAAACUCUACCAGUCCCUCCUCAACCUCACUUUCUUCACCAGCAUCAGCAUCCUGGUCCUCAUCUCUGUGGACCGUUGCAUCUCUGUCCUCUACCCCGUCUGGGCCCGGAACCAUCGCACGGUAAGAGGGGCAAGCUGGCUGGCUGCCGCUGUGUGGCUGCUAUCUGCUGUCACUUGCUCUCCGUACCUGAAAUUCCGGACCACUAGCCUCUGGGAAAACUGCACCUACUGCUACUACAACUUUGGCCCGAAGAACAAAACGCCGAGUGGAAGCCUGACUAUCAAUCAAGUGGUUUUGGGGAGACGCUUGGCGAUAACUGCCGCUCAUCUCCUGCUGGGCUUCCUGGUGCCCCUGGUGGUCAUCGGUACCUGUGCCCACCUCAUCCGGGUCCGUUUCCGGCGGGAGGGUCGGGUUCAUGGCACUUGGACCAAGAGGUCUGCCUUCUUCAUCUGCUGGUUCCCCUUUAACUUGGCACUGUGCGUCCAGGGGUGGCGUUUCAUGAGGUCUGAAAGCCCUGUCGACCCCAAGAUGCAGCUCUUCCUUUGGGGUGCCUUCUCUCUGGGCUGUCUCAACAGCAGCCUCAACCCUUUCCUUUAUGUUCUCAUAGGCAGAGAUUUCCAAAAGAAGUUUUGCCAGUCCAUGCCUGCCGCCCUGGUCAGGGCGUUUGGUGAGGAGGGGCUUCUCAGUCAAUCUGCUCCCAAGGUUAAGUCCAUGGGCAAUGAGGGAGACCUUCGAGUGGACACUGGAAGUCCUUCUGUUUAA